UAAAGCCUGCGUCUGAGCCAUGUGUGCAGUUACAGGUUUGGUGCAGUUCUGAUGCCAUAAUGGAGCUUUUCAAGAAUCUGUUUGGUGUGAUGGUUGUAGUUGUUGUGGCUUGUGAUGUUACUGCCCAGCGUCAGUGGAUGUUGCCUCAGCAGCAAAACCAACCUCCUCUUCCUGAUCAGCGGCCUCAGCAACCAUUUAAGGUUCCUCCACCUGCCGCUCCCUUUGAUAAAUGCCAGGUGGAGCAGGCUGACAAGAUCCAGUGUGGAACUGAAGAUAUCACUGCUGAACAGUGUGAAAAGAUCAACUGCUGCUUUGCCAGGCGGCAGUGCUACUAUGGGAAAGCAGUGACUGUGCAAUGCACCAGAGAUGGCCAGUUUGUGGUGGUCGUGGCUCGAGAUGCCACUUUGCCCCACAUAGAUGUGGAGUCUGUCAGCCUGCUGGAAACAAACGACCCCUCCUGUACCCCUGUGGCCAUCACCUCUGAAUUUGCCAUCUUUCAGUUCCCUGUUACUGCAUGUGGUACUACACUCAAGGAGGAUGAGAGUUAUGUGACAUAUGAGAACCACAUGUCUUCUUCGUAUGAAGUGGGAAUUGGACCCAGAGGCUCAAUCACCAGGGACAGCCAUUUUGAGUUGUUGUUUCAGUGUAAGUAUUCUGGCUCAGCUGUGGAAGGUCUCGUUAUGGAGGUGAAUGCUGUUCCUCCACCUGUGCCGGUCGCUGCUGUAGGACCUCUUAGAGUGGCGCUCAGACUUGGCAAUGGGCAGUGUCGCUCAAAGGGGUGUGUGGAAGAAGUGGCAGCGUAUAGCUCCUUCUACACUGAAGAAGACUACCCAAUCACGAAAGUGCUGCGAGAACCUGUGUAUGUUGAGGUGAACAUCUUGGAGAGAUCUGAUCCAAAUCUCAUUCUGAACCUGGAGCACUGCUGGGCCACCUCUGCACCCAAUCCUCUCAGCCUGCCACAGUGGGACCUUCUGGUUGAUGGUUGUCCCUAUCAUGAUGACCGUUAUUUAACCACAGUGGUUCCCGUGGAUGGCUCCUCUGGGCUUACGUACCCAACGCACCACAAACGUUUCAUCGUUAAAAUGUUCACAUUUGUUGACCAAAACACCUUUUCAACAAAGCAAGAGGCGGUGUUCAUCCAUUGUGCUACAGCCGUGUGUCAUCCCAGCAGCACAAAAUCCUGUGAACAGCCAUGCCACCGUCAACGAAGAGCAGUGUCUGCAGGUGGAGCCGUGUCCACAAGAACACUCUCCUCAAGUGAGGGGGUUGUGGUAUCAAGCAGAGAGGUGAUGCUGACUGAGCAGGAACUAUCUGCUCCUUUCUCAUCAUAGGGAUGACUAUCAGAUCGGGCAGCCAGAUUUAGCCUUUUA